UCACGUCGGAUGUAGCACGAAUCAACUUAAUAAUUAUGCUUAAAAUAAUAUAUUUCACAGACGGUUAAACAUGACGCUACGUGUUAUGUUAAUAGUGAUCGCAGUGAACAGUGUUGUAUCUAACGCACUAUUCAUACCAAGAUCUUUGCCUGAAGACGCACUUCUUAACUUUACUGGACUUAGUGAAAAAUAUGGACAUAAAGCUGAAGAAUAUAGUGUUGUAACUGAAGACGGUUAUAUUCUGACACUGUUUCAUAUACCAGGAACGAGGAAACCACCGGUUUUACUGUUACACGGCAUACAUGAUACAGCAGACACUUUUAUUUUAAGAGGAAAAAAAUCUUUAGCAAUCACGUUAGCGAAUAACGGUUACGAUGUUUGGGCAGGAAAUACUAGAGGAAAUAAAUACGGCAGGCGACAUAUCAAACUUAAUCCAGAUACAGACCCGGCGUUCUGGAACUAUUCAUUCCAUGAACAUGGAGUACAUGAUCUUGCUGCUAUAACUGACUUUAUUUUAAACGCAACGGGAGAACAGAGUUUACAAAGCAUCGGACACUCAGAAGGAACGACGGAUCAUUUUGUAUUAGCAUCGCAAAAGCCUGAAUACAAUAACAAAUUUAAACUCUUCAUAGCACUAGCUCCUGUAGCUUUCCUAAGCAAUUUAAUAUCUCCCGUGUCUGCAGUAACUGAAUUGGGUCCUUUGUUAAAUCAAGUAUUACUUUCCUUGAAAAUCGAAGAAUUGAUCUCUGAGAAGGGAAUCGAGAAAAAUAUCUUGCAACUGAUCUGCAAUAAGGAAGACAUCGGUUACGAGUUGUGUUUUAAAGGAGUUAUAUUGCAAGGCGCAGGUUAUGAUCCUAAAGGUAUCGAGCCGAAGUUUUUUCCGACUAUUUUAGGACAUUAUCCCGCUGCAGGUUCAAGGAAAAGUUUGCUACAUUAUGAUCAAGUAGCUCUAAGCAAACGCUUCGCCCUUUUUGACUAUGGUCCUGAAGAGAAUAAGAAACGUUAUGGAUUCAUAGUGCCUCCUGAUUAUAAUCUUCGGCAGGUUAUUAUGAAAACAGCUCUUAUAGUCGGGAAAAAUGACAACUUGUCCAGAGUUCGAGACGUGGAAUAUUUACGCUUCCUUCUUCCGAAUAUUGUGGAGUAUCAUUUGAUGAGGCAAAAAAGGUGGAACCAUUUAGAUUUUGUUUGGGGUAAUGAUCUGCCGGAGACCUUGUUUCCUCAAAUAUUAUCGUUAUUAGAGAAAUAUAGGUGAAAGAGGAGCAAAACUUUUGGAAGUUCUACUGAAAGAAAUUCCACAGCUUAAGAAGACGACGACUAUUGAUUUUUAAGAGUGAUUAGCCAAAUCACUUUAAAGAAAGAACUUUGAAAAUUAUUGAUCGUAAAGUGAAAUGAUUUUCGAAUACUAUCGUGUGAUUGAGGAACUAAUUCGGGACAAUACAUCAGUGGCCAUAGUUAAAUGGGGUACAAGUCUCGCACUGUAACUGUAACUGUGUGUAGGAGCAUAAGUAUAAUGUAGAACUAAAGAUAUGUCCAUAGGCAUUUUGCGCAGAUUUUUAAUGUGUUGUCGAUUUUUUACAGACAGUUUUUAUGUGAUAUAAUUUAGUAAGUGUUUUUAACUUAUAAAUGCGGAUAAACUCAAACGUAAAAUAUGUGUUACGAAUAUCAAUGUAGUGGUUAAAUGACAUAGUUUAGUGACAAAAAGUGAGUGUAACAUAGUUAAAAUCCGUAUCAUUAGCUUUUUUUGUAGGUUUUGUUAUAGUUUCACGACCGCCAUUUUUGCAUGCAUUUUUAGUAUAGUGUAUUAAAUUAAAAUAAAUCACA